CCCCCGCCGAGCGCUCGGCCCUUCCCGCUCGCCGUAGGCGGCCGUGUGGGGCCGUCGCUAAGAUGGCGGCCAAGGUGGCAAAGCUGGCAGCUGUUUCUUCUGGUCUGCCAUUUGCAUGUAUUACUGUAUAUGCAGCAACAGAAAAGGAAUCAAAAAGUCAGCUGGUGAAGCCAAGUCAGCUUCCAAUUUACGGUCCACCACCUCUGAAAUUGAAAUACAUAGAAGAACAGCCUGGUCGCUUGCAGAAGCAAUUUUCUUCAGUAAGACAGACAACCGGCCGCUAUAUUGGAUGGUGCAAGGAUGCUUUUGUCUUUGUUAAGAAUGGAAUAAUGGAUUCAAUUCAGUUUGGAAAAGAUGCUUAUGUUUACCUGAAGAAUCCACCUCCAGAAUUUCUUCCCAAAGUUGGUGUAAUUACAAUAUCAGGCUUAGCUGGCAUAGUGCUGGCAAGAAAAGAUUCUAGAUUUAAGAAAAUUGCUUAUCCUUUGGGACUUACUACUUUAGGAAUUUCUGUUUGUUACCCAGCUCAGUCAGUGGUAAUUGCCAAGGUAACAGGGAAAAAGUUAUUUUCUGCAAGCCAUCAAACCUAUGAAGCUGUGCGAUCACUAUGGGCAAAAAAGGAAGAUGUCACCAAGCUGCAGCAAGAGUCAAAACCAGUUACGCAAGAAGAUAAGAAAAAGAAAGAAAUUUCUGGUACAAAACCUGAGUCUGCUAUUGAGUCGAAAUCAUUUAACAGAAGAGAAUCUUCUCCGGUAGAGUCUUGGAGUAAUAGAGACCUAGUGCCUUCAUCAGGAACAGUGAAGACACCAAAAUUUAAGCCUGAUCCAAAACUUGUGGACCAUGGUCAGUCCAGCCCAGAAGAUGUGGAUAUGUACAGUACUAGAAGCUAAGACAAAUCUGCUUACAAAUCUUUGCAAAGCAUUGCAGACAAGGGGGAGGGAAGAUGGGAAGGAAUAACUCUUACAAUACAUACUCUGUGAGGUAUAAAUUAAUCAGGUAUUUUCUUAUUGCCCAGUUUGUAUUAUUGACUUAUGUGAUUAGCGAGUAUUUUGUUUCUCACUACUUAGAAGCAGUGAAAAUUCACUCGUCGUCAGUGUCAUUAGUGAGACACUGAGAAAAUGAGAUUUCUCAGUGUCUUCUCACAAUGAGGUUUCUCUGUGCCAAGCUUGUUAAUAAAUGUUACUUCACAAAGUAUA